AUGAACAUUGCGCUAAGAUUAAAGUGUUUGGGCUUGAGAUCACUGGAGGGAGUCCCUUCUGAAAUUUUGGACCCUGUGAAUACUAAGGCCUAUCAAGAUACACUCUUGAAACUAGCAAGUUUAUUCAAGAAAAAUUUUGAUGGAUUCACGGCCUACAAGAUAGGAGGGGAUCAAAAGUUGACUGAAGAGGUAGUCUCUGCUGGUCCCUUCGACAAGCCGUAA